AUUAAUUUAUUAAUGAAAGGGAAUAUUAUAUAGGGAUAGGUAUCUCUUAGCAAAACAUUAAUUUAAGUCAAAUAAAUGUCCUUAUAGUGGAAGACUUACCAAACCCGCCCAGACAACUCUUGCAAGAAAUUAAUUAAACACAAAAUAAGAAACCAAACCAAUCUUGAACUCUCCUUUAACCUUAAAGACUAUCCUCCUCUUUUCAGAAUUCAUCCUUUACUUCCAAAUUUUUUUUUUUUAUUUAUCUUCCAAACAAAAAUCCACAAAAAAAAGUUAUUUAUUUAAUUAAUUUGAUCAAAGAAAUAAAAAUGGAAGGUUUAAUUCCAAUGGUUUUUAGGGCAAUUAAAAGAAAUAAAAUACGAAGUCAAUAUAGAUGUUUGUCUGUGGGAGCUACCCAAACUUACAACUUAGCUGAUUUUUAUGAUGAUCAUCAAAUUAUUCAUCAUGAUCAUGAUCAUGAGCAAAAUGGUAAUAAAUUGUACUCCACUGAGAUGCAGCCACGUGGUGAAGGGCAUCGUCGUCGGUUUUCCUCGGCCGGAGAAAUGGGAAUCAACGGUGGAUAUAAUAAUAAUUUCAUCAAGUAUGAUCAUCAUGAUGAAUCAAAUGGUGGUAUUGUAUUAGUGCAAUUAAUUGGUUCAUAGCAAACAUGAUAUCAGAGCAGUACUAUCCCGGUGAAUGAAAACUCGCUAGAGAUUGCGCGAAUCCAAAAGAUACUGAGGAAACUAAUCUUGAUGUAUUUUUUGGGGGUUUUGGGGCUGAAAUCUCACCCUUAGAGAUAACAAAAAGGGUUUUCCAAAUAAUGUCAUUCACUCAUUCAAACCAACCUCGAUGAUUGAUAUUUAUGAAAAAUGGCAAAAAGGAAUUUGAGAGUUUUGUGAUGAACAAUUAGAGGAAACAGAACUAGUGGGACACAAUUGUAGCCAAAAGGCAAUGCUCUACCUCCAUGAAGGAAUGAAGGAUGAACUCAUGGUAAUUGUAUACCAUGAAACCACCUAAGUGGAAGAAAGCAAAAAAUGUCGCUAGAUUAUUGAAGGAGAUUGUCGGCGGCGUUGGCGAAAAACCGAGGAGGAUGAUAUAGCUGAACACAAAAAAAAAGGAGAAAAAACAUGAGAAAAUAAAGGAUGUUGUCAGAGUACAUGGCGGCAAUGGAGGCUCUGGGAAGGCCGCAGCGGCGAUUCAACCUAAAGAAGAAUUCGAGGGACAACUGAGAAAAGAGGAGAUAAAGGAGAGAGUUGGAAGUGUGGCGGUGCAAGGUCUCGCCAACAACUUUGGGCAGUUGGCCUGCGUCUGGAAGAAGAAGGCAGAAGCAGGGCUCUAGGUUGUUGGGUUCGCCGACGUCAGAGGGGGGCAGGAAGCCACCGGGCCGACAUGAGAAGGAUUUAAGUGAUGGAGGGGAGUGAAAGAGUUGUUAUAAUUUUAGGGUUCUUGGGUUUUAAGGAGAAAGAAUGGGAAAAUGGGAAUGUAGGGUGCCCCAGCGAGGAACUUUGAUUGGUCAUAUAUGGAACUCGGAUUCCUUCUCCAACCCCUUUCUCUCUCCCGGUUUCUGAUGGGAAAAGAAGAUUUAGGGUUAAUUUUUGAAAAUGACGAUGUCAGUGAUGUCAGCAUGCCAUGGGUAUUUGUUGGGUUUCUCAAAAAUCACUUUAAAGGUGGCACAAGCUAAUUUUUAUCCACCUUGAGGGCAAGGUGGAACUUCAGGCGGCUUAUAUUGCAAUGACCUGAUUAUUGGUUAUACGUAGGUGUAAAUUUUGUAAAUGUCAUGUAGGGUAACUGAGGGAAUAAGUUAGUAUUAAGUGGUAGUUUUUUUUAUAAAUAGAGGGAAUGAGGGAGUUAUUAUCAUCGAGAAAUUUGUAAACACAUUGUGGGUGAGUUUUAUACUCAAUAGGGAGAUUACAAGCAUCUCGAAUAGCUUGUUCUCUCUUUUGUUAUUUUACUUUUUAGGGUUGUAAUAUUUCUUUGUUCAUCCAUUUUAUGAUAUAAUUUAACUUUGGUCCUUUUAUUAUUUUGCUGCCAUUUUACUGUAUUAGUGCAAUUAACGAGUUCAUAGCAGUUUUGUAUAUCUAGACUACAGACUAUAGAGUAAUAUUUUAAAUAAAUCAAUUCAUUAGAAGGCAAGCUUACCUUGCUGAAGCAGCCCUUUGCUCAUGAAAAUCA